AUGAAUAAAUUCGAAGAUUUGCCCAAUGAAAUUCUCUUGGAUGUGUUUCAAUACUUCGAUGCUCGUGAUCUAUUUCAAUUGUUUUAUCAACUCAACACUCGUCUCAAUAACCUGCUCAAAUCCUCUCAGCAACUCAACUUAAUUUUCCAUAUGCAAAUCUUCGCUGAUAAUCAAAUCAAUGAUCUUCAUCUAUUUCCUCAUUUCACCCACACACUCAUCGUCGGUCGAGCGAUAUUGAUCGAUCUUAAUCAAUUUCGUAACAUUCGUUCUCUUAAAUUAGAAUGUCCAUUGAAACGAGUUCUAUCACAACUGACUUCUCAAAAUCUACCCUACCUCGAACAUCUUUCCGUAUCUCAUCUCGAUACAUUGACUACUGCAGAUGAAUGGACCUCGUUACCAUCGUUACGUACGUUGAGAAUUUCACGUAUCACCUUAGUUGUUUACCACGCCAUUUUGAAGGCUUGUCAACAUUUACAUUCAUUGGAACUAGCAAUGUUUAGUUGCGAUGAUUCUACACUGAAUAUUGAAUCACAUAGCAGACUGAAAAGAUUAGUCAUGGAUGUUGGGGAUAUGAAAUGGCCUUGGACUGAUCACGUUUUCGAUAGUUAUUUAUCAUGUGCACCAAAUAUCGAACAUUUGAUUGUUUAUCGAUCGAUGUUUAGUUCAAAAUUGACAGAUUCUCUACUGGAAUAUGACUGGUUAGCAUCGAAAUUAUUUGUAUAUUUAGCAUUCUUGCAACAAUUUAAAUUCUACUUCAAAAUUAUUCAAGGACAAAUCUAUAAUGAAUCGAAUGUCUUAUCUCAACUAGAAGAAAAAUUUCUUAAUUUUCAUUGUCAUAAAUAUCAGUCUCGACUCAUCAUUUACGAAUGA